AUUGUUUACGUAUACAGCAUGUCUCGCAAGGGAAAAUGUACGUAAUGCCGUACGAACACAGUGACAAGUGUCACGCAUGCUCGAAUGCGUUUUAAAUGUCAAAACCGAGCGAAUUUGUCCGCGUUUAUUUGCCGAGAUUCUCGCACGAUAUAUAGUUUCGCAUAAGUGAUGUCCUUGCUGCGUGCCUCGCACGACUAUCAGAGUGCUAUGGCCAAACCGUGUUACAAGCUGAGAACCUCCCUUUUCGGACACGCGUCCGACGUAAGGGCUGUAGCUACCUUCGCCGACGGAACCAUAGUAUCCACGUCUAGAGACGAGACUGCUCGUAUUUGGAAGCCAUCCGGAAAUGAUAAGGAUUACGAGCACACUGCAACACUGAAGGGUCACUCCAAUUUUGUUACCUCUGUGUGUGUUAUAAAUCCAUCAGAGCAAAACCCUACAGGUUUCAUCAUCACAGGCAGUCAUGACAAAACAAUUCGUAUAUAUGUGCCAGACCAAACAGAGCCCAUAAAUAUUAUAAAGAGUCAUCAGGAUACAGUAUGUAAACUGAGAACUGGAAUGAAAGAAGGGACAUUCUUAUCAAGUUCUUGGGAUAUGAGUGCAAAGUUGUGGAACCUCAGUGACUUGAGCAAGCCACAAUUAAACCUGUUGGGUCACACAGCUGCUGUAUGGUGUGUGGCAGAUUUGUCUAGUGGGUCUAUUGUAACUGGAUCAGCAGAUAAACUUGUUAUAAUAUGGACAGGCGAUGGUUCAGUACAGCAUAAGUUAACUGGGCAUACCGAUUGUGUUCGUGAUAUAUCUGCAAUAAGUAGCAAUGAAUUUUUAACUUGUGCCAAUGAUGCCACUAUACGUCAUUGGAAUGCAUCACUUGGAACUUGCUUAGGAACUUAUUGUGGACACGAGAAUUAUAUUUAUAGUAUUUUAGCCCUAGAAAAUGGUUCAAGUACAUUCACUUGUGGGGAAGAUCGUACUCUUAGGAUAUGGAACAGUGGAGAACUGUGUCAAACAAUUACCCUACCCACUCAGUCAGUGUGGUGUUUAGCUUUACUCCCUAAUGGUGAUGUAGUUACCGGAAGUUCAGAUGGUUUUGUCAGGAUAUUUACAUGUGACCCAGAACAUUAUGCUGAUCCAGAAACUCUACAAGAGUUUGAACAGGGGGUAGCCAAUGUUAAGCUCAAUGCUGAACAAGAGCUAGGAGGGAUCAAAAUUAAAGAUUUACCAGAUGCGGAAGCGUUGCUUCAGCCUGGACAAAGAGAUGGUCAGAUUAAAAUUGUAAAUGACGGUGAUGCGGUAAAAGCUUACAGUUGGUCGCAAAAUGAACAGAGGUGGAUCAAAAUUGGAAACGUCAUGGGUGCAUCCGGUGGAAGUGCAGCUACGUCGGGAAAAAAACUUUAUAACGGCAUAGAGUACGACUAUGUGUUCUCUGUGGAUAUACAAGAUGGUGUGCCACCCUUGAAAUUGCCCUACAACAAUGACCAAGAUCCUUGGCACGUCGCGCAGAAGUUUCUUCAUGACAACAGUCUUAGUCAAUUAUUUUUAGACCAGGUUGCAAAUUUUAUAAUAAAAAAUUCUCAACCUGCAUCAGUUCUGAAAACUGAUGCUCAAUAUGCUGAUCCUUUCACAGGAGGCAGUAGAUACAUUCCUCAAUCGACAGCAAAUACAGCUCCACAAGAGUCCGCCCGACCAGCAACGUUCAGCUCCUCAGAGACUUCUGCACCUUCUUAUAUUCCUCACACAAAGUAUUUGAAACUGGAACAAGCUAAUCUUUCUCAGAUUUUAGAAAAACUAAGGGAAUUAAAUGCCAAGCAGAGUGAACCUUUAAAAGUACCCAAUGACAAAUUGGAGUCCCUAGUGCAGCUUGCGAGAGACGAAGCUUCUGAGCAAUUAAAUUCUGAUGCUCUGAGCACCUUGAAGACACUGUUAAAUUGGCCAGAUGAUAUACUGUUUCCUGUGCUCGAUGUGAUUAGGCUUGCGGUGCUCUAUAAAGAGAUUAAUAAUGUUCUGUGUACAGAGGAGCUGUUGCAGAUUGUGAAGAAGCAUGUCAAGCCUGAUGCACUUCCAUCAAAUCAGAUGCUCACCUUUCGUAUGCUAGCAAAUAUGUUCACCCAUGAAAAGGGUGAGAAAUUGUGUCUUAGUUACAAGGAUGAUAUUCUGAAGCAAUUGUCAGAGUUAGAAUCUCUUGCGAAUAAAAAUAAUCAGGUAGCAAUUUCAACGUAUAUAUUGAAUUUAACCGUGGCUUUGAAUAAGUACAAUGAUACUCUUGGUAAGACGCAAUGCUUAAAUGUUAUGUUUUCUAUAUUACCACGUUUGAGCGAAUCCGAAGCGGUAUUCAGAACUCUCGUAGCGAUGGGUACGCUUUUAAGUACAACAUCGAAUUCAGAAGAUCGAGACGAUUUGAUUAAAGCAGUACGACAUUCGGAAGUUGCGUUAAACAUAUUGCAAACUAUGUCAGAAACAACAGUCCCUACGAACAAGCUGGCGAAUUGUUCGAAAGAGAUCAUCAGUUUAAUUAUUUAA